AUGGCAGCAGGAGCAAUAGAAAACAAAAACCAUGACCAAAAGAAGAAGUUCGCCGUUCUCGGCGUGUCUUCGAUCUUACUUAUAGCAAUGGUAGCCGCGGUGGCCGUCGGUGUUUCCAAUGGUGGAGACGCGGCUGAAUUACUAGGAGGUGAUGACAACAGAAUUUCAAAAUCACAAAAGAAUGUUAAAGUACUUUGUGAUGCAGCUGAGUACAAAAAAACCUGCGAGAACAGUCUUGCAAAAGCUUCAUCAGAAACCACAGACAUGAAGGAGUUGAUCAAAGCAGCAUUGAAUGCAACAGCUGAAGAGUUUCUCAAUCUAAUUGGUAACUCAAAGCUUUACGAUGAGUUAGCUACCAAUGACAUGACAAAACAAGCUACGGAGAUUUGCAAAGAAGUCCUUGGUUAUGCAGUUGAUGAUGUUCAUCAAUCAAUCCACACAUUGGACAGGUUUGAUCUGACUAAAAUGAAUGAGUAUGCUUAUGAUCUCAAGGUUUGGCUCGCAGGUACUCUUUCUCAUCAACAAACAUGUUUAGAUGGCUUUGAAAACACAACAACAGAAGCUGGACAAACCAUGGCUAAGGUUCUUAAUGCCUCAUUGGAGCUAAGUCACAAUGCUUUGGAUAUCAUUAACGGAGUUUCCGGUUUCAUGAAAAGUCUUAACUUGAGCUCUUUGUCAAGUGCUGUUAAUAGGAAGCUUUUGUCUGAAGAUGGUUUCCCAACAUGGAUUGGUCAGAAUCAAAGGAAACUUCUCGUGGCUCCUGAGAGUAUUAAGCCUAAUGUUAUUGUUGCUCAAGAUGGUACUGGACAGUUCAAGACUUUGACUGAGGCUCUUCAACUUGUUCCUGACAAAAACAAAACUCCUUUUGUUAUUCAUGUUAAAGCUGGUGUUUAUGAGGAGUAUGUUGCUUUGGAUAAACAUAAGAGCCAUGUUAUUAUCAUUGGUGAUGGUCCUACCAAGACCAAAUUCACUGGCAACAAAAACUAUGUUGAUGGUGUUCAGACCUACUUCACUGCAACAUUCAGUGUUAAUGCUGCUCAUUUUAUGGCUAUCAACGUCGGUUUCGAGAACUCAGCAGGAGCAGAGAAGCAUCAAGCAGUUGCCCUCCGUGUCACCGCGGAUCAAGCAGUGUUCUACAACUGUCAAAUGGACGGUUUCCAAGAUACACUCUACACACAAUCCAAAAGACAAUUCUACCGCGACUGCACGAUAUCUGGAACCAUCGACUUCAUCUUCGGUGAUGCUGUCGGAGUUUUCCAAAACUGCAAACUCAUUGUGAGGAAGCCAAUGGAAGAUCAACAAUGCAUGGUUACAGCAGGAGGAAGAACCAAAAUCGACAGUCCAUCAGGCCUUAUUUUCCAAAGCUGUCACUUCACUGGCGAACCCGAAGUUCUUACCUUGGACCCCAAGAUAGCAUAUUUGGGAAGACCAUGGAGAAAUUUCUCUAAGGUUGUUAUCAUGGAUUCUAACAUUGAUGGUAUCUUUGUACCAGAGGGUUAUAUGCCAUGGAUGGGAAGUCUUUACAAGGAAACUUGCACUUAUUAUGAAUACAACAACAAGGGUCUUGGUGCUAACACUGAGCAAAGAGUGAAAUGGCCAGGUGUUAAAGCCAUAACUGCACCUGAAGCUGCUGAUUUUUAUCCAGGAAGGUUUUUUGAACUUGCAAACUCAACUCUGCGUGAUGCUUGGAUUACUUACUCUGGAAUUCCUUAUUCAGUUGGACCACUUGCCACUCCCACUGCAUAA